GCCGCUGCCGGUGGCGGUGGCGGUGGCCGUGCCGCCGGGUCCCGGCACCCCCCCCCCCCCCCGGCACGGCACGGCACGGAGCGGCACGGAGCGGGCCGCCCCCGCGGCCCCAUGGCCGGGCAGGAGUGGGACUGGUUCCAGCGCGAGGAGCUGAUCGGGCACAUCAGCGACAUCCGAGUGCAGAACCUCCAAGUGGAACGGGAAAAUGUACAGAAGAGGACCUUUACCAGAUGGAUAAACCUGCAUUUGGGAAAGUGCAAGCCUCCUCUGAAAGUGAAAGAUUUGUUUAUGGAUAUACAAGAUGGCAAAAUCUUGAUGGCGCUGCUGGAAGUCCUGUCAGGACAAAAGCUGAUGCACGAGUAUAAGUCUUCAACCCAUCGCAUUUUUCGUUUGAACAACAUAGCCAAAGCACUUAAGUUCUUGGAGGACAGUAAUGUAAAGCUUGUUAGCAUUGAUGCAGCAGAAAUAGCAGAUGGAAAUUCCUCUCUGGUACUUGGACUAAUAUGGAACAUAAUCUUGUUUUUUCAGAUUAAAGAGCUGACAGGCAACCUCAACAGGAACUCCUCCUCGUCCAGCCUCUCGUCCGGGCCUAGCGGGCCGGAGUCGGACACGUCUCACCCCAGCACUCCCAGCGUGGAGAGGAACAUGUCUGUCACAGUGAAAGACCAGCGGAAAGCCAUCAGAGCCCUUUUAAUCUGGGUUCAGAGGAAAACCAGAAAGUACGGUGUUGCAGUUCAGGACUUUGCCAGCAGUUGGAGGAGUGGCCUGGCUUUCCUGGCUGUCAUAAAAGCCAUAGACUCCACUUUGGUAGACAUGAAGCAAGCACUGGAGAAAUCAGCUCGAGAAAACUUGGAGGAUGCUUUCAGCAUUGCACAAAAUAAGCUGGGUGUUCCUAGGCUCCUAGAGCCGGAAGAUAUAAUGGUGGAAUCCCCCGAUGAGCACUCAAUUGUUACCUACGUGGCGCAGUUUCUGGAACACUUCCCUGAGCUAGAAGGGGAAGACUUUACAGAUCCUGACAAGGAGCUUCCAAUUGAGUCCACGUAUGUUCACAUCAAAGACACACCUUCAGAAAAGGAAAGCAAAAUCUUGAUUUUAAGUGAAAGUAAAGAAAACAUGUAUACUGUUAAUCAUGAAAGGAGUCACCCUGCUCCUCCAAAGGUUCAUAUUCAUGACACCCCUGAGAGAAUCCUGUCAGAAACCGCUCCUGAAGAAUGUAAUGGCAAAUUGAGUCAAGUGUUAGAUGAUUCACAGGAAACCUCGGAAGAGGAGCGUCAAAGGCCUACCUCGCUGCACAUUACAGGAUCUAUCCGUUUUGAAUCCAACUCCUCCCGGCAAGUGCUUAGUGAUAAAUUGAUGCCAGGUGAAGGGGACAUGUCUGAUGACCUACUGAAACAGAAUGAUGACCUUUCUCCAGCUGUUCUGACAGACCAGAAAAAUUCUGUUGACUCUUUUGAAGACUACUCCGAAGAAUUAACUAAAGAAACCUAUACUGAAUACGACAAUGAAACUAAGAGCCUUUCAGCCAAUACUUCUUCUUUAAGUCCAUUGUCCUGGACUUCAGGUAUACUUACAGAUGAAUCUAUAAAUAAAGUAGAAGAGAGCAAGCCCCAAACGUCAAUUCUUUUACCAGAAGAUACCUCGAAACAAGAAGAUACGCAUAAGUAUGUUCUCCAUCUUCUAAAUGAGGAAGUACUGAAACUGCCAGAAAAUGAACAUACAAAGCAAUCGCCUGUCUUUGAGACAACAGAAUCUAACCACUGUUCAGUGAAUGGUUCUAAUCUCGAAAGCCAAGAACUAUCUACACCGCUAGAAACAUCUGAUGACUCUCUCUCAGAUGUGCCCAAAAACGCAGAGGACCUGGACAGCUAUGAUGAAGAAGAGUCUUCAGCGGAAGUGCUACCCAGUUCUUCAAAAGUAUCAGUAAUACCCCAUGAUCUCUUCUAUUAUCCACAUUAUAACGUUCCCAUAUCAGCAGUUCUGGAUGCUUAUGUUGAGCCUUGUCUUGAAGGUUAUGAUACUGAAAAUGAAAACUCUUGUGAAACAGUAACGGAUGUUUUACAUGAGGAGGGGAUACCGGCACAGGACUACUUGGAAGAUGCUCCAGAGCCAGGCUUAGGGAAUAAUCUAGGAGUUCCUGCAUCAGAAGCAGAUACUGAGAAUGGAGAGGAGGAAGCAAUGGAUAUUAAUGGUCACGGGAAUUCUUCCUAUGAAGAAGAAGUACUAUUACUAGUAGAAGAAUUGGAAAAUGAAAAAGAUGGCCAAAAGGCCACGAGCAAUGAAGAUACCACGAUUCUACAACAUUCUGAGGUUGUAGAUUUCAACCAUCUAGAUGAUUUAACAACAAUGGGAAAGAUACUGAAAGAAAGUAGUGAUAGGGAGGAAAAAAACAAAGAUAUGAUAAAAGCAGAAGACUUACAGAUCUCAAAAGUUGGGACUACUACUCUGUUACAAGAUGAACUGGAAGAAAUUGCUAAUUGUCAUGAAUUUACCAGGACUAGUGACAACGAUUCCAAUAUUUAUCUCCGAAAAAGGUUUCCUAAUACUUCUGAGAAGGAAAUCUUUGGUGAAAACAACCAGACGAUGACAGAUGUGGGUGAAAAUCUACUAAUCAUCAGGAAUAAAAAAGACAUGGAAGCAAGUGAGACUCCAGCAUCUACUCACCAGGCUCCGAGCGUUGAUCAAUCAGAGCUGUUCUACUUCAUCAUUUUCCUCUGGUUGCUGAUCUACUGCUUUUUAGUCGUUCCACAGCUUCUUAGCAGCAAGGUUUGAUCUCCGCGAGGCGUGGAAAAAUAAAAGACAGUGGCCUGAUUGCUUUGUGUAUCUGCAUACGAGUAUGUACCUUCAGGUGAAGCACAAACAGAAACAUAGGACCUGGUAUUUGUGUUCGCUAUCAGGUCCUCCUCAGUUCCUCUGCUGUUGUGCUAUGACAGUGUCGAAGCACAUUUUAUAUUACAACAACUGUGUAAAUAUAUAUAAAAAUGACCUUAUUUAGUAGCUGCGAUUUUGUACAUUUGUGCCUUGCUUUAUAAGAUGCUAAAUAAAAAUGGAUAAUUAUCAGUAGAAAUAUGAACAAUUCAGAGCUCUAGUCUUCAAAAAUAAUUCUUCUGGCUUCAUUCACUUAGGUAGGGUCCAACAGCUGUGGAAGAUGUGUUGUUGGCUUGCCCAUGAAUCUGGCCCACCUGCAAGGGAUGAUUGGGAUGCUUGAGAUGCAUUUUCACGUUUUCCACAGAGUUCUUUGGGAGAGCUGGAGGUAGAGCAGAGUUGAAGAUGGUGGAACUUGCUCACCACAGGAACUGACUAUAGUGCUCAUGGCAAGCUAGUGGAGCAACAAAGUCAGGUGGAGGGUUUAUUUGUGGAGGGUGGAUAGGAUUUUACUUUUAUCCUGCACCUGUUAUGUUUAGUUUGCAGGAACAAAUUGGGUGUGGAGAAGUAUGAAGAACAUACAGGCUAGUGGCUGCUUAGGAGGGAAUGUAAGGGAAAUCUUCAUCUAGAGACUUCUGUAGAGAAUACCUGAAGAAGUUUGCUUUUUGUAUGUUACUGAUGGUGGCCAUCUCUGAAAAGGUAUUCAAGAAGCUUUGUUUGCAGGUACUUAAAUACCUGCUUGUAGUCAGGUCAUCUGCUGGUGAAAUCUUAACUGCCUAUCACGCUUCAUUCUUUGUAAGCUUUUAUUUCUUCUUUCCUUUUUUUUUUUUUUUUUGGAGGAGAAGUUAGCAUGUGAUAGCAACAUUGCAUGGUAGGAUAUCGUAAACACAGAAAGGAAUUUGGAAUCUCUUUCAUUCAAUAGAAAAUGGAAAUCUUUUCUGUUCUGUCUUGACUGGAGCUGGAUUCACCCCUUGAACAUAAAAAGUAGAUCCUUUGUGCUUGGUGAGCAGCAGAUCCAAACUUCGCAACUUAAUUUAGUGUAAACCAACAUAAGUAAAAAAAAAGUCUUUUAUCUUUCCAGUGAAAAUUUUCAACAUUUUGAGUCAUCUGAUUUUGUGUCUCACAUUAUUUGUGCUUGUUGAUGAAGCCACUAAUACUUUCUUCCAAAAUAAAAUCUAUUUUAGAAUUUUUAAAGAUGUUUUCUUGAAGUAGGCUAAAAUAUAACACUGAAAUGUUAGGGAUAGUGCUGUUUCUCUGAAAAAAAAUAAAUCUUAAUACAAAAUUCUUAUCCUGAAUGCCAUGGCACCUAUUUAUCAGCAGGAACUAGCAAUGUACAGUAUAUUGGAGCAACAGCGUUGAGAGCUCUUCACUAUGUGCCAGUCUUCAGAGACUCCCUUGGUUUAUGACAACUUUUUCUUUGUAUUUUUGCAUCUCUUCCUUUGUUUCUUCCAUGAUUCUUAUUCUUCAACAGAGAUCAUCUGGAGUUGGAUUACAGCCUCUUCAUUGAACUUUACAGCUGUCAAAGUUCAAUCAAGGAAAAUAAGUUUCCUUUUGUCUUCUCUCCCUCUUCCCAAGAAAAUUAAUGAGAAGAUCUUCGGAUGUCUCAUCUAAACCACUCAUAUCCAUAACAAAUGGAAAAGUGAAUGGCAUGCACUGAUGAUGCACUAUUUCAUUACACAAUAUUUUCUUUUAAGAAAGACAAAACCAAGGGUUUUCUUUCUUCCCUCCCACUGAUGAUCAACAGCUGAAACAGUGAAAUGAGCUGUUUAAUGUCAAACGGCAUGCAGCAAUUGUCUUGAUAAUUUCACCCAAUGUUUAAACUGAGGUGUGCUUUCCAGCCAGCCUAGCCCAUGAAAAGAUGGAGAUUGUUUCUUCCAUGUAAAAUCAAUGAAAAUAAUAAUUAAUAAGUACAUGAUACUUGGUAUUUGGCUGCUUUAUAUAUAAUAUAAUAUAGAUAUAACAGAAGCAGUCUACCUUAGUCAGCCGUUGCAUGUGUAAGAAGAUCCAGGAUAGAGUUACGAGUGAUUAUGCUGGUAUGGUCAGCUGUGCAUGAAAAGAGACUGAGCUCUCCAGGAGUUCUGACAUAUCUGGACCUGCAAAAAGACAUCUGCAUGAGCAGCAGCUCCUCCCACUUACAAAGACUUGUGAGCCUGCAUCGUUCUUCCACAGUGCAAGAUCCAAUCUCUCACUGCAAGUGCCCUGUUCUGAAAUUGUUGCUCCUUUUUGGACUCGGUGUCCUACUCUUAGCUUACAGUCUAAAAGCCUGACUGUGAAGUGCUCACUGCAGCAAAACCCGUUUUAACAUGCUGGCUAGAAGACUGUCUUGAGGCAUUUGAGGUUUUAAAGGAUGGUGGGCAAUCUUUUAUCUAUCCAUUUUUUCUGACAGAUCUGUGCGCUGUCUGAAUAAGGAAGUUUUUCCUGAAAGGCCUGGGGUUUUGAAGAAUACUAAACUUGAACUGAACUCAUGUGAUACUUUGGCUUGGUAGCAGAAUUCAGACAUAUAUGGGUACUGAUCUGUUAAGUCCAUGUCAGUGUGCUCAGGUGGCCAAGAAGACCAACAGCAUCCUGGCUUGUAUCAGGAAUAGCGUGGCCAGCAGGACUAGGGAAGUGAUUGUCCCUCUGUACUUCGCUCUGGUGAGGCCGCACCUCCAGUACUGUGUUCAGCUUUGGGCCCCUCACUGCAAGAAGGACAUCAAGGCGCUGGAGCGUGUCCAGAGAAGGGCUAUGAAGCUGGUGAAGGGUCUAGAGAACAAGUCUUAUGAGGAGCAGCUGAGGAAACCGGGAUUGUUUAGCCUGGAGAACAGGAGGCUCCGGGGAGACCUUAUCGUGCUCUACAACUGCCUCAAAGGAGGUUGUAGUGGGGUGACGGUCAGUCUUCUCUCCCAAGUAACAAGUGAUAGGACAAGAGGAAAUUGCCUCAAGUUGCACCAGGGGAGGUUUAGGUUGGAUAUUAGGAGACAUUUCUUCACUGAGAAGGUUGUGAGGCAUUGGAACAGGCUGCCCAGGGAAGUGGCUGAGUCACCAUCCCUGGAGGUGUUCAGAAGACGUGUAGACGAGGUGCCUGGGGACAGGGUUUAGUGGUGGACUUGGCAGUGCUAGGUUAACUUGAUGAUGAUGGAGGUCUUUGCCAACGUAAAGGAUUCUGUGAUUCUAUGAUAAGACCAGUUCUUGUUGAGCAAACGUAUGGAUAGCAGAGUAUUGGGAAGUGCAAGUGUUGGGAAGUGUUUGAGGAUUAUUGGAUAAGGGUGUGUGGUGUUCACAAAAGCACCAUUACAGACUGAGAGACAGCUAUAAGGGGAUGGUUCAAUGUUAUUGUAGUUGCGUAACUUCACUGCAAAGUGUUUCAUUGCAAUUUUAUAGAAAGUGCAAGAAGAGAUAUAGUAUUGAAGACAGAACAUCACUAGACAUUUAUGGGACAAGUGUCUUAGAGCUGAAGAAGUGGGUUAAACAGUCAGAAAAUGAAAUGAACACAGCCUUUGCCAAAUUGUAGGACAUUAUCAGUGCAAAGACAGGGCAAGUACAGAUUGCAGUAAAAAAAAAUGACAAUCACUUUUCAAUGCCAUGAAUAUUUUUGAUAGAUUGAGCUCUAAAAUGUAUUUUUAUUGAGUUUCUAGAUUGUAAUGAAUGUGUCUACAGAAUUUUAUGCAAAGCUUCAGAGUUCAGCUGUUUUAAAAAGAUUUUUUUAUAUAGUAGUGAUUAUUUUAUCUAUAUAUUUAAUAGAACUGUAAAACCAUUUUAAGAAUACCUGUAAAAUUCUGUGUAUGUGAUAUGAUUAUUUAUUGAUUAUGACUCAUGAGAAUGAACAUUGAGCUAUGCAUAGGUUGCAUCAUCCAUUUGAAAACUGGAAACUGCAAAGAGAGGAAGAGCUCUUAAUGAACAGCAGACUUGAAAAACA